CAAACGGAACUAUUUUAGCGGAGCACACCCUCAUUGCCAUUGGUUGCUUUUUGUUUGCUUCAAAACGGACGGCGGAACCGAGGAGAACAACAAACCCUCUCAUGUCCCCGUGUUUCACUCUAUCUACAUGUAACACACUUGUACAACGCAGCCCACCAGCACUCACCAGCACUCACCAUGGAUGCUGAAGUUGAUCAAGACCACAGGUUAAAUUCUGCUCCCAGUCAGCAUCAGUACGGGCACCACAAUCAGUCCACAUCAUCUCAGGUUGAGGAGGAAAGAAGAACGGGGUCUCCUUCUCACUGGAUCUCAGACAGAAGCAUGAUGGCUCCUCUGAUCGCAGAGUAUGAUCGGCACAUGGAUGAAAUGAAUGAACAGUUACAGAGAUAUCAGGCGCUGAUGACGGAUGUCAAAGUGAAGUUGGAGAGGGUUGUCAAAGAGAACGAAAGGCUGCAUACCGAGCUAAGGGAGUCUGUAGAGAAGCAGCUGCAUGCUCUGCCUGUGGCCCCAGGAACGGAGGGCAGCACACUGGAGGAGGAUGCAGUCAUCAGGAACCUCCAAGAACAGGUCCAGCUGUCGGAGCAGGAGCGGGUGCAGGCCAUGGAGCUGUGGCAGACGGCAGCCCAGGAGCUGGACCACCUCCAGCAGGUCUACCAGAAAUCCAACUCGGAUGGUCAGGUCCACGAUGCUCAGAGACGGCAGCUCAAGGAUCAGCUUGUUCAGUUCCAGCAGCACUCACACAAACUCCAAGUCACCAAUCAGAAGCUGGAAUCGACCAACCAGCAGCUGCUGAAGACGGUGACAGAGCAGAGCACGGAGAUGGAGGAGCAACACAGUCAGCUCAGACAAGCCAAAGCUGAACUGAGGACGGCCACAGCCAAAGUGGAUGAGAUGACCAAAUUGCUGCAGAAUGUCCAGAACCAGAUGCAGAGACGGGAGGAGGAUGUGGCAGAGGCUCAGGGCCGCGAGGAUGCGGCCAACAGACGGCUCCUACAGCUCCAGGCAGCCUUGAGCCAGCUAGAGGCCAGGCUGAAGGCGUCAUCUCAGGAGGCAGAGUCCUUUCGCAGAGAGCAAACUGUGUGGGAGAGAAAGCUGGGGGAACUCCAGGCACGUUGCAGCACCCUAGAAGAGGAGAAGUAUGAGGCCCUGGCCAAAGUUCGAGAGAGCGUUCAGGUGGCGGAGGAGGCUGCACUGCAGAAGGACCAGGCCUUGUUAAGAGAGAAACAGAGGAUGGAGGAGCUAGAGAAGACGAAGGAGGCCAUCAAACAGUUGAUCCAGGACGCUGCGGUCCGCACCAGAAAAGAGGUAGAGAAUGUGCGCAAGCAGUGCAAUUCUCAAAUCCACCGUAUGGCUGAGGAGCUGUCUGCACUGCAGCUGGAGUGUGCAGAUAAAGAGUCUCAGAUUGAAAGAUCCCUGCGAGAGAGAAAAGCUGCAGAGGAGGAACUGGAGAAGGUGUAUAAGGAGGGCAGGGGAGAGCCAGAAUUCAGGAAGAUUGAGGCUCUUCAUCAGAGGUUUCUGAAUGCAGAGAGGAUGAAGGAAGACAUGAGCUUGACUCUACAAAGCACCAAGAACAAAUUAAAAACGAUGGACAUGGACUACACUGAGGAGCUGUCCCGGUGCCAAGAGGAGGUGAGGCGGCUGCAGGGCUCUCUGGCUGCAGCCCGGGACGACAGCGUUAAUGUCAGUGAGGAGCGGCUCCAACUGCAACAGGAGAACUUGCAGCUCCGGAGGGAGAUGGAUGAGCUCCGCAAAGCCACCCUGCUGCUCCAAAAGAAGGCCAAACAACAGGUGUCACAGAUGGAGCACGAGUACAGCCUGAAGGAACAGGGGCUCGACGCUCAGGUGAGGGAGCUGGAGGAGAGCAGCCGCAGCUCCACCACUGAUCUGACGCGCCUCCUCACAGCACAGCAGAAAAGCACUCAGCGCUGGAAGGAAGAGGCCAAGAACCUAGUCCAGGCCUUCGAGACUAAAAUCACAGGCCUUAAGGGAGAGCUGAAUCGGCAGAAGCAGCGUUCACACGAUCAAGAGAUGCAGCUUGAAACCGAUCACAACACCAUUACUGAGUACGAGAGGCAGCUCGCAGAGUAUCAAGAGAAGUCGAGUCGUCUCCAGAGACGACUGACACAAGCGGAACAAAGGGCAGCUACUGCAACACAGCAGCUGAGUAUGCUGGCAUCGCAACGAAGGAAAAUGGCCGCGGUUGAUCCAGAGACUUUGUGAUGUUUACUUGUCACUGUUUAGUGGGGGGGGGAAUGUAGCCAUGUUUUAGAGCACUUUGUUCUUUCUUUUUAAAAUAUGAUACUAGUGUACUGGCCAAAGGCAUAAAACAGACAUGCUGUUAUUAGUGCCCUGGUGGUUGUAUGACUACAACAUAUCUUAACUUUAUAAACCAAUGUUGUUCCAAUGGUUUUUAUCAAGCAUUUUUUUAUUUAUAUGUCUGAUAAGUAGUUUACAGGUGCAUCUAAUAAAAAUUGAAUAACGUGGAAAGGUUUCAAUAUUUUUGAAUUACCUAUUUCAUGGAAACUAAAAUGUUUCAAACAUUUUUUUUAACUAUUGAUACAGUUUACAGUAAAUGCUGUAUCUCUUGGUCUGGAUCAGUACACACAACCAUAGUCAUGAGGGAAACUGCUGAUUAUCGACAGCCUCCACAAAGAGGGUGAACCACAGAUAGACUUUAAAGGCCUGGCUGUUGGCAGAGUCCUGCAUCGAAGCAUAUUCAUGGAAGUUGACUGGAAGGGAAAUGUGUGGUAGGAAAGGGUGCACAACCAACAGGGAUGACUGCAGCCUUGAGAAGAUUGUUAAUCAAAGCUGAGUGGGAGAGCUUCACAAGGAGUUGUCUGAGGCUGGAGUCAGAGCACCGAGAGCCCCCACGCACAGGAAAUGGUCCAAAGUCCUCUUUUCAGAUGAAUGUAAUUUUUGCAUUUCAUUUGGAAAUCAAGGUUCCAGGGACUGAAGGAAAAGUGGGGAGGCACAGAAUCCAAGCUGCUUUAAGUCCAGUGUGUAGUUCUGCAGUCUGUGAUGAUUUGGGGUGCCAUGUCAUCUGCUGCUGUUGGUACACCGUGUCUUAUCAAGUCCAAAGUCAACGCCCGUCUACCAGGAGAUUUUAGAGCUCUUCAUGCUUCCUCCUGUUUCCAAGUUUAAUGGUCGCCUCCGUGCAUUGAUGCAGUAAUUUGAGCUAAAGGAGCCCCGACCAAGUAUUGAGUGAAUAAAUGACGAUACUUUUCAGAAGGUCGACAUUUUGAUUGAUCCUAGGAAAUAUUGUAAUAUUUUUUUGUGAUACAACGAAAUACCCCUAGGGAUAA